ACGCCUUCAAGAGUGGUUGGAUGGGCAAGGUCCUUGCUGGCACUACGCCAGAGGACCAGGCGCCUUUGUCCUAUCGUGAUUACAUUCAGGACCUUAAUAAUAUGAGUGUUGUUCAAGUUGUCAUUCUAAUCCAGUUUAUCUGUGCGGCAGCUCUCACAAUAUUUGCAGUUGUGGGAGUUUCAAUCAAUCAACGAGUCGGCUUCUUACUUCUUCUUGCGCUCUUACAAUUCCUUAUUGCACUCCCAGGGUUUGGUUAUCAUUUCACGAGAAGACAACCACUUUAUGUAUCAUAUAUGGUAUUUCAAUCAAUUACACUUGGCAGCGAGAUUAUAUGGUUCAUCUAUAUAGUAGCCACAGAAAGCUACACAGCCAUUAGCAUAAUCGUUUUAGUCAUCCUAAUAUUUGUACAGGCUUCGGCUAUCCUUGCUGCUACAUUAUUCAAAAAUGUGUUUAUUAACUUGAAAGAUGUAAAACUCGUAAGACAUCACCGCGAAAGGGUAGAAGAUAAAAUUGAAGAAGGAAAUGAAGGAUCUGCAGAAACACCGAAAUCAACAAAGAAGACUUCAUCUCUUCAAGAUGAAACUCUAAGCCAAACAUCUCGCCGUCGCCGAUAUACAUCUAGGGAAUUGGAGCAAGGAGUCGAUCAAAGUAGAAGAGGAGUCCCAAGAGGGAAAAAACAUCCAAAACACGAAGAAUCUUUACGAAAGUUCAAAGAAGGCCGAAGAAAAAUGCGAGAGUUGGCACAACAGCUUAGAGAAAAAAGAGACCGUGAGAAAGCUAGGAAGACUGAGAGCAGUACUUCCGAAAAGCAUGGCACAGGUGCUAUAUCAGAGGGAGCAAGAAGCUCCAAGGAGUCAUCAAGGAGUGCUGAGGACGACAAGAAGAAAGAUGAAGUGCUUGUUUCACCGCUUGCAACUGCGAUAGAAGGCUAGGAAAUUGGUACAGAAACCUCGUUAAUUUUUGAUCGUUUGAAUACGCUCUAUUUAUCUUUCACUC